AGGAUGGAGGCCCUGUUAAAUGAGUGGCUGUGGCAGGAGGAGUCCUGGCUUCCUCCUGGCAUCAGCUGGCAGGACAUUGAGAUGAAGGAGGACGAAGGCCGCUUUCCUCUACCCAGAGAUCUCAUCUACACCUUGCCACUGGCCUUCACCUUUAUAGCUCUCAGAUACGUAUUUGAGAGGCUCAUCGCUGUACCAUUGAGCAAACGUUUAGGUGUGAAGGAACGGAUUCGGAUUCGAGCUGCUUCUGUCCCAAAGCUGGAGACCUUCUACAAACAGAAAAGUCAGCAACCAUCGCAAAUUGAGGUGGUGAGCUUGGGGAAGCAGUGUGGACUCUCUCAGAGAAAUAUUCAGACCUGGUUCAGACACAGAAGGAACCAGGACCGUCCCAGCAACACAAAAAAGUUCUGCGAGGCCUCCUGGCGCUUUGUCUUCUACCUCAUAUCCUUCACUGCGGGGCUCGGCUGUUUAAUUUAUACUCCCUGGUUCUGGGAUCAUAGAGAGUGUUGGAGGGGUUAUCCCAAACAGCCCGUGGCUGAGGCUCAUUACUGGUAUUACAUCUUGGAAAUGGGCUUCUAUCUAUCGCUGCUCCUGUGCGUCUCUGUGGACGUCAAGCGAAAAGACUUCAAGGAGCAGGUAAUUCAUCACAUCGCCACCAUAUUCCUCAUCGGUUUCUCCUACUGUGCCAACUAUGUGAGGGUUGGCACUCUGGUGAUGCUGGUGCACGACUCCUCUGACUUCCUUCUCGAGUCUGCCAAGAUGUUACACUAUGCUGGCUGGACGAGGACGUGCGACUCUCUGUUUGUCAUCUUCUCUCUGGUGUUCCUGGUGACGAGGCUGGUGGUGUUUCCUUGCAGAGUGGUCCACACAACCUUGGUGGUGUCUCUAGAAUUCUUCGAUCCCUUCUUUGGUUAUUAUUUCUUCAACGCCCUUCUGUUAGUGCUGCAAGCACUACACAUCUUCUGGGCCUAUCUCAUCAUGCGUAUGGUCUACAAGUUUGUGUUCCUGGGCAAGGUGGAGCGCGAUGAACGUAGUGACGAGGAGAGUGAAGUGGACGAUGAAGAGGAGGAGCCUGAGGAAGAAGGGGACGAGUGCAGCUGGGAGCAGAGAAAGGGAACAAUGAACUCCAAACUGGCAUCGCUGGCUAACAACUGUGUCCUGAACAACCUGACCAACCAGAGGAAUAUUAACAGCAGACUGCCCAAAGCAAGAUAGUGGAGCCGCCUCCUUCCACGUUGACCCUUGCCGGAAAAAAGAAUAAUUUCCCCAUUGCCUGUUAAAGAAUAACUUCUUUGCGACAUAUGAUACAUACACAUGGCUUGUGUACAUCCAAAAAGGUCCAUUGAUGAUUUCCGAAGAGGAUAUGC